CACUCCUCUCAUAGGCUUGCGACUGACACAUCCCCUUCAGAGAUUUAGCACUGACUGAGUCCCAAGGACCUGGAGGAAGAAACGCCUGACACACCAUUCUCAGCCAUCUCCUCAACCUCUUUGGACUUAUAGCUAUGUUUGCCUCAGCAACAGAAAACUUUGUGAAGAACGUGGAUUCUGACGGCAACCUGAUACCUGUGUCCUCCCUGAACAACUGUGGCAAGUUGAACCCUCUCUCACUGGUUCUCAAACAAUCCCUGUUCUUCAGGAAAACCAAAUACACGCCUACUAAGUUCACCCUCGAUGAUGUGCUUACCAAAAAUCCACCCUUAAACCCAGCUGUCAAGGAGUGUGACUUUGUGGGCUACGGUGGGACAUUUGGUGACAGCCAAGAUGCCAGCGUAGAUGUGGAGACAAAAUUGGCAGCAUAUGCAGUGGAUUUAAACUUUAACAUGGGGGCAAAACACGCCUCCACACUCAAGUCGUCCCUUGGCAAACUGAAGAAAGAAGAGGUUGACGUUAAGUGGUUACAAAACAUCUCAAAAGACAAGCUUCUGGACAUGUCCCUCUCUCUGAUCCAGGACGCCCGUAAAAAUAGUUCUGUGUUUGGGGUGGUGAUGGAGAGGAUUGUGACGAGUGAGCCGUGCUCGAUAAGAGAAAAAAAGCAUCAGGCUGGAAACGUUGGUGCUGGAGGGAAUGUCACUGGAGUCCCGGUGUCUGUAAAGGGGAAAGUAGAAGUACAUGGAGUCAAAGAUGUGUUCCUGGAGAUUCCUAAAAACACUGUCAUUGCCUACAGCAUUGAGGAGAUCAAGGUCAAACUCGAUGGACACUUUGAGGUGUGCUCCUCUGGAAAGGGUGGGUUUGAACCUGCCUGGUUUAGAUCAACCAAUAAGUCUUUGGUCGUGUCGCUCCAAGAGGAAAGCAUUCUUCAUCAAGAACUGGAGAAACUGAGUGGUCAUUUCCAGGUGCUGUCAUCCCUGCCAACAGCCAAACGUUCCUCUCUGCUCCAGCUCCUCAAGACAACCAUGGAGGACAGAGAGGCAGUCAGUGUGCUGGAGAAUGUGCUGGAUCAGAUGUUGGUUGGUGAGACACCGGACAUGGAUGAUCUUAUGGAGGAGACUGAGAAGCAGAUAGUCCAGGCCAUACUGGAACUUUUACACAAGUCUGAUGAAUCAAAUGAGGGCCAGACAGACGACGAGUCACCCUCACUGCUCUGUUCCACCAACCUCAUUGAGGGCCAGACGGACGACGAGUCACCCUCACUGCUCUGUUCCAUCAACCUCAUUGUCAGUGCCAUGAAUGAAAUGACAGAUGAGGGUCUGUCUGUGUUGGGAUCCUGUUGCAGUCCUCCAGUCUUACAGGCCCUGCAGAUCCUGGUGCAUCACGUGGCAGCAUGGAGUGGAGAGACCCUCUCUCUGAGAGAUGCAGGUCUGGCUGUUCUGACUGAGGAGGAGGUGUUUGGGAGGACAGAGAGUCUCUUUGGUCACUCUGAAGUUACACUGAAGAGAGAGGAGGACACACUGAGGACAGAGAUGAAGGACCAGCCUGGAUACCUUCCUCUAGUCAUGAGUAUCACUGUGAAAGGCCUGGCCUCUUUAGUGUAAGGAGGGAGGGAGAGGGAGAGGGAGAGA